GUCAGACUGUGAAGGGACCGGAGGCCACGGAUACACGGGACCAGACAGGGUCUGGGCUAUCACGGGAAGCCGGAAGAGAAGCCGUGGCGUGAUCAGCGCUGCUUCAAAACAUUUAUCAUGCUGUUCGGGUAGAGAGGGAACCCGGCCGCGAGAGGCGAAACCGAGGGGAAGAGAUAAGGAGGCAGCGGACGGGAUGACGGACAUAAGAGAGGAGAAUAAACAGGUCAGCCGUUCCGUAUGGGGAUGGGGAGGCCUUGGUGUUGUGCUGCUCUUGAUAGGAAUUGGACCUUUUUAUUUAUUUUAUUAUGCAUUUUACAUCAUCUGCUUUGUGUUUGGGGGAUUUCUAGUUGUUAUGCUGUUUGGAAAGACAAACUCUGAGAGGUACCUUGAAAGGUGUGAACACUCAUUUCUUCCUCCAACAUCUGUUGGAAUCUCAAGGUGUCUGGAGGAAAUGAAACGUGAAGCUGGACCUAUUAAAAUUGACCGAAGGGUUACAGGGGCCAGUAUGAUCGAUGAACCCCUACAGCAGGUAAUACAGUUUUCCUUGAGAGAUUAUGUCCAGUAUUGGUAUUAUACACUGAGUGAGGACGAAUCUUUUCUCCUUGAAAUCAGGCAAACUGUACAGAAAGCACUUGUUCAGUUUUCUACUCGGUCAAAAGAAAUAGAUUGGCAACCUUAUUUUACUACACGUUUGGUGGAUGAUUUUGCCACACACCUUCGAGUUUUUAGAAAAGCCCAGCUACGCAUGGCUGAAAAGGAAGAGCAAAAGAAAGAUGUGACCGAAGAUUUAGUAGAUACCUUUUUUGAAGUGGAAAUUGAGAUGGAAAAAACAGUUUGCCGGGAUCUCGUCUGCACGUCUUCCAAAGACGAAGAAGGUUUCCUAAAGGAUUUGUGUGAAGUUUUACUGUAUCUAUUGCUACCUCCUGGAGACUUCCAAAAUAAGAUCAUGCGAUACUUUGUGAGGGAAGUCCUUUCAAAAGGAAUUCUUCUUCCGUUAAUAAAUCAACUCAGUGAUCCUGAUUAUAUUAAUCAAUAUAUCAUUUGGAUGAUUCAUGACUCCAAUUGCAACUAUGAGGCCUUCAUGAAUGUUAUCAAGUUAAGUGAUAAUGUUGGUGAAUUGGAAGCUGUGAGAGACAAAUCUGCAGAGGAACUGCAGUAUCUUCGUUCAUUGGAUACAGGGGGAGAUGAUAUCAACAUGAUAAAAAAUCAAAUAAACAGUUUAUUAUUUGUGAAGAAAGUAUGUGAAACAAGAAUACAGAGAUUGCAGUCUGGAAAAGAAAUCGAUGCUGUGAAGUUGGCUGCAAACUUUGGAAAACUUUGCACAGUCCCCCUGGACAAAAUUCUUGUAGACAAUGUUGCACUACAGUUUUUUAUGGAUUUUAUGCAGCAGACCGGAGGGCAAGCUCAUCUGUUUUUCUGGCUAACAGUGGAAGGUUACCGGGUCACCGCGAAGCAGCAGCUUGAGGUGUUACUUAGUCGACAAAGGGAUGGCAAGCACCAGACCAACCAAACGAAGGGACUGUUACGAGCAGCGGCUGUCGGGAUCUAUGACCAGUACUUAUCUGAGAAGGCGUCACCAAGAGUUCACACGGAUGAGUACUUGUUAACACAAUUGGAGAUUGUACUGAGCAGUGAUGACCCAACGCCUGAGAUCUUUGAUGAUAUACAGAGAAAGGUGUACGACAUGAUGCUGCGAGACGAGCGGUUUUACCCUUCUUUCCGUUACAAUGCUCUUUAUGUCCGAAUGCUUGCAGAGUUAGACAUGUUAAAAGAGCCUAGUUUUAAAGGAUCUGAUGAUGGCGAUGGAGAAUCUUUUAAUGGGUCUCCAACAGGCAGCAUAAAUUUGUCUCUGGAUGACCUGUCGAAUGUCAGUCCUGACGAGCUAGUGCAAAUUAGUGCAUACAUUUCCGACACUGGGGUUUGUAACGAGCACGGCAAAACUUACGCACUGUACGCCAUCACUGUCCAGCGACGAAGCUUGGAAGGUCUCGAAGAUCAGUGGAAAACCUAUCGCCGCUACAGUGACUUCCAUGAUUUCCACAUGCGGAUCACUGAGCAGUUUGAAAACCUUGGCAGUCUGUUGAAGCUUCCAGGGAAGAAAACAUUCAACAAUAUGGAUAAGGAAUUUCUAGAAAAGAGAAAAAAUGAUCUGAACGCAUAUUUACAGUUAUUAUUAAACCCUGAGCUGAUAAAAGCAUGCCCGGCACUUGCUCCAUACGUAAUGGACUUUCUGGAGAACAAAGCCUAUAAUAAGGGGAAAGGAGACUUUGCACGCAAGAUGGACACAUUUGUGAAUCCGUUACGCAAUUCUAUGAGGAAUGUUUCCAAUGCCGUUAAAUCAAUCCCUGAUAGCUUGGCUGAAGGAAUGAAUAAAAUGUCUGAUAACAUGGGUAAAAUGUCAGAAAAAAUAGGGCAAGAUUUAAAGCAAUCCUUUUUUAAGGCUCCUAUCCUUGUACCAAAACCCGAUGAUCCAGAGCACUUUAGAAUAUCAGCACAGCUGGAUGACAAUGUUGAUGACAAUAUUCCUCUUCGAGUUAUGCUGCUCCUUAUGGAUGAAGUCUUUGACCUAAAAGAACGAAAUCAGUGGUUAAGAAGGCAGAUUACAAGCCUCCUUCAGCAGCUAAUUAGAGCCACAUAUGGAGACACAAUUAAUAGGAAAAUUGUUGAUCAUGUGGAAUCGAUGACAUCACCAGACCAAGUAGCAGAUUAUGUGAAGCAUUUCAGGGACUCAUUUUGGCCAAAUGGGAUAUUAGCCGAGACGGCUCCACGAAGAGACCGGAGCAUUCGUAUGAGAACAAGAGUGGCAGCUAAAACAAAGCUAUUGGAGAUCAUGCCAGAUGAACUAAAACACAUUAUCGGGGCAGAAACAACGCGAAAAGGCAUUCUUCGGGUCUUUGAAAUGUUUCAGCACAACCAGCUGAACCGGAGAGUUGUGUAUGUUUUUUUAGAAGGCUUCUUGGAGACCUUAUUUUCACAGUAUAAAUUCCGCGAGCUGUUCAAUAAACUGCACUCCAGGUCAGAACGAAUGCGGAAAUAUAAACAGAGACUACAGUCUUCUCAAGCGCCUUCCUUACAGAAAAGGUGACACUCCAAAAUAAAAAUAGAAAAGCAUUGCCCUAUAGACUGAUCCAAGAAA